AUGGUGAGAGGAAAGAUAGAGAUGAAGAAAAUAGAAAACGCAACGAGUAGACAAGUGACUUUCUCGAAAAGAAGAAAUGGUUUGUUGAAGAAAGCUUAUGAGCUCACAGUACUAUGUGAUGCUCAAGUCUCUCUCAUCAUCUUCUCUCAAAGAGGAAGGCUUUACGAAUUCUCAAACACCGACAUGCAGAAGAUGAUCGAGCGUUACCGUAAGUACACAAAAGAUUACGAAACCAGCAAUCACGACUCAGAAAUUUACAUACAGCAAUUGAAGCAAGAAGCAAAUCACAUGAUCUCAAAGAUUGAACUCCUUGAGUUCCAAAAGCGGAAGUUAUUGGGACAAGGACUUCCUUCUUCUUCUCUAGAAGAGCUUCAAGAAAUAGAUAGUUUACUCCAAAGAAGUUUGGGUAAAGUCCGAGCAAGAAAGGCUCAGUUGUUCGAUGAACAAUUGGAGAAGCUAAAAGCAAAGGAGAAACAAUUGCUAGAAGAGAACGUCAAGUUACAUCAAAAGAAUGUUAUAGGUCCAUGGCGAGGAUCGAUUGAUCAGCAAGAGAAACACAAAUUUAUAGAUCUGAAUUUGGAUGUAGAAACUGAUUUAUUCAUCGGUUUACCAGAUAAACACUCCUAG